GACAUAAGGAGUUUCUUCGGUGGAAAGAAAAGUGGCAAUCAAGAGAGUUCGUCCGGUUCAAGUGCGCUAUCAGCAAUUCGAAAGGCAGCUCCUUCAACUCCACCUCGGAGACCAAAAAGAGGUCCGAUAAAUUGGUUCCGAACAAAUCCGAGCCGAAGGCAAAGAAAGGCAAAGAAACCGAAGAAGGCUGCGGUCGCAGUUGUGGACUUGAGCGAGAGCGAUGACUCCGAAGGUGAAUCACCAAUACCGGCGUCACUGCGCAAAGAAGCCUUGAAGCAGAAACGUUCACGAGCGCUUGUGGUUUCGGAUUCCGAUGAGGAUUUUAUUCCGAAGAAAGCAUCGAAAGGCGCAAUAAAGUCAGUCACACCUUCUCCGGUGAAGUCUCCUCCGAAGGUGAAGAGGUCGCGAAUUGUGGUGAGCGAUAGUGAAGAAGAUGCUACACCAUCUCCCAAGAAGCAGAAAGGAAAAGUAAAAGC